GGGAGGCUCCAGCAGUACAGUACACUGCAGGACCACUGCAAAGGGCACCAGGUGGCAGGGGCCUUACGCCCAGAACGGGAUUCCGUUGCGUUGAGCUCAUCUCUCUUAAGAAAGCAAGUUAUUUUUUGACCCGCUCCUGAACACUGAAGUCUUCUGGAGCCAGGGAUGGAGCUGAACGCUGCCUCCCCGGGAGGCAAAAGGCUGGAAAAUAAGGAUGAAGAGAAAGUGCAGGAUCUUGACGCAGGAGAAGCAGAGACCAAGGCAGAGAUGGGGAACAAAACUUGGGCAGACCUGGCUGGGGAGAUGAAGACCUUCCUGUGGAACCCAGAGGAGAGAACCUGCCUAGGGAGAACAGCCAAGAGCUGGGGCCUGAUCUUACUGUUUUACUUCGUUUUUUACACGUGCCUGGCGGGGAUGUUCGCCUUCUGCAUGUACGUGAUGCUGCUCACCCUGAGCCCCUACACACCCACCUACCGGGACCGUGUGGCUCCGCCAGGGGUGAUGAUCAGGCCAUACCUGAAUGGAUUCACCAUUGCCUUCAAUGUCUCCAAGCGCAGCACGUGGCAGCCAUACGUGGACAGCAUGCACGACUUCCUAGCAGCUUAUGAUGACAAGGUUCAAGAGGAGAAGAAUAUUGAGUGCAUCUCGGGGCAGUACUUCAUCCAAGGGGGCAAUGAGAGUGAAGAGAAGAAGGCCUGCCAGUUCAAGCGCUCACUGCUGCAGAACUGCUCGGGAAUCGAGGAUCAAACUUUUGGCUACUCCAGAGGCCAGCCCUGCAUCCUGCUGAAGAUGAACCGGAUCAUAGGCUAUCGCCCUGGCGCCGGGGUCCCCGUGAGCGUAGACUGCAAAGUGCAGAAAGGCAAUGAGAGCGACCUGAGGUCAGUGGACUUCUACCCUGGGAACGGCACGUUUGACCUCAUGUAUUAUCCCUACUAUGGCAAGAUCACACACGUCAACUACACGUCCCCACUGGUGGCCAUGCACUUCACAGACGUGAAGAGGAAUUCUUUGGUCCCCAUUCAGUGCAGCCUGCACGGGAAAGGGAUUGUCAAUGACGUUAACAGUGACCGCUUCCUGGGACGAAUCAUCUUCACGCUCAGCAUUGGGAAGUAGCCACGGCAAACACAGGACACGUAGGUUUUGUCAGGCAGAGGCUUUUUCCUUUUUAAAGCAUAAAGGCAGCAUUUUUUUUUUUCCUGCUAGGAAAACAGACACUUGGAAACUUUUAAUUUAUUUUUGUUUAUAGUUAGGAAACAAAUGAGAUGCAACAGUGUAGAACCACAUCUUUUACCAGCUGAUGUAACUCAUUAUUAAUAAAAGUUAAGUUAUACCCUGGGCAGGGAACCUGCAAGAGCAUUUCAGUUUUUAUUAGAGGAACUAUGGUAUCUGAACACUAUUUUCAUAAGGUCUUUUACAAGUCACCCCUGUGAAAUGCAUUUUUCCUGGCUAUAAAUUUCAGUCUUUACCAUAGUUUUAUGUGCAUUUCUCAGGCAAAAGCUAAAAAGAUGGUAGUUUAUAAGUACUAUUCUUGUUAAAAUAAUAAAUAGCAAAAAAUCUGGAUUAUGCUUGCAGUAAUAGCUAAGAAGUGAAAAUGACAAAUCUCAGGACGCCUCCUAGGAGCCUCAGCACCUCAUGCAGCCAGGUGCUGGAGCAAAAGCCACAUAGGGCAGCAUUUGCCCUUGAACCUUUCCAGUUGUUCCCAGGCAGACAAGUGCCUUUCUCCCUCCUCACUUCAGUACUUCUCUCAAGUCUGUUGGGCAGGGGACAACUGAAAGGAGCUCUUUAUUCUCUCCCUGUCACAGCUCACAACUCCUCCUUCCCCUGCUCAGGCACAGAAGCACCAGUGAAAAAUAUUCCUCCCUGGGGAAGCCCCUGCUUUGCUCCAUCCCCAGCCUCCUCAAGUGGAAGCAGGGCUGAGCUAGCUCAGAGAGGCAUUACAAGGCUUAAUCCAUGUUCAUGUCGAUAGAGGUAUUGGCUAUCUUUGUUCCCCAGGACAAAGCAGUGGUGAUUUCAGCAUCUAUUACAGCCAAACACUUUGUUUCUACAGACACUCAAACUCAAUUUAAAGCAGUUUUGAUUCUUUGGAAAAUGAGUUUUUAUUAUUAUUAUUAUUAUUAUUAUUAUACACCUUCACAUUUAACAUACAGAGAGUAUAUUUCAUCUCUCUUAUCAGCUAUGAGCAGGACAGGACACCUUAGGAUAACGUACUGCUUGGAAAGCACACUUACUAAAAUUACUUACCGACUGAACAAGAGCAUUAUGGUAUGUUUGUCCUACAUUCUAGUCCAGAUAAUUCAUCUGCCAUCAUUUUUGAUCUAUAUAAGACUCUAAGAAGUCUUUUAUGUAUUAAAAAUAAAGUAACUACAGUAAAAUUAACUCUAUGGUAUCAUUCUUAAAACAUUUAAAUGUAACAAAUGUAAUUUGUAACUUUUGUGGGCUCUGCUGGCCAGCUAGGGACUGUUUUUCAAAUACAAAUGUAAUGUGUGUAA